ACUCUCUCCCUAAUUCGAUACAAUUUUCAUCCAAUUUUUCGUCCUCAUAAAAUCAAAAUAAACCCUAAUUCUGCAUCAAAGACGAACAAUCGCCAUCAGCAAGGAAUUGAACUUUUCAUUGUGCAGUCUCGAUCAUAUAAAGUUGAUUGAUGAGAAAAUGAGUAAUCGGCCGAGUACGCGCAACAAGAACAAGAGGCAAAGGCCGGAUAAUAAUGCUGAAGUUAUUUCUGAAUUAUACAGGAAAAUUCACUUGUCUGGUGAAGUGACAAAGGAUGAUAUAAAGCAGCUAUAUAUGUUUGGGAAGCCGGUUUGUAAUCAAGGCUGUCGAAUAAACACAAAAGAUAACCCCAACUGCUUUUGUGGGUUGAUUCCACCACCAAAUGGCAACCGGAAAUCUGGGUUAUGGCAAAAGACUUCUGAGAUUGUUUCCUCACUGGGUCCUGAUCCUUCCAAGGAUCUACGUGAUUCCUUCGACACGCCUGCUGGUCUAACAAAUCUAGGUGCAACAUGCUAUGCGAACAGCAUACUCCAGUUCCUAUACAUGAACAAGCCAUUCAGAGAAGGUGUAUUAUCUGUUGAACCAGAUGUCUUGGCAAAGCAGCCUGUCCUGGGUCAACUUGCUCGACUUUUUGCACAGCUUCAUACUAGUAAAAUGGCUUUUGUUGAUUCAGCUCCUUUUAUUGAAGCACUGGCGUUAGAUAAUGGUAUUCAGCAGGAUAGUCAUGAAUUUCUUACAUUGCUUUUUUCAUUGCUUGAGCAAUGUUUGAGCUAUUCUAAAGUUUCCAAGGCCAGAACUGUUGUUCAAGAUCUCUUCCGUGGAGGCGUCUCACAUGUGACCAAGUGUUCAAAAUGUGGUAACCAAUCGGAAGCCUCAUCAAAUGUUGAAGACUUCUACGGGGUGGAGCUGAAUGUCAAGGGUUUGAAAAGUUUGGAUGAAAGUUUAGAUGAUUAUCUUUCUGUUGAAGAGCUUCAAGGGGAUAAUCAAUAUUUUUGCUAUUCUUGUGCAACUCGAGUAAAUGCUACUCGUAGCAUCAGGCUGCAGUCGCUGCCUCCUGUUCUUAUCUUCCAGCUGAAGCGUUGUGUUUUUCUCCCAAAUACUACAACAAAGAAGAAGAUAACUUCCGCAUUUUGUUUCCCUGGAGAAGUGGAUAUGGCUCGAUGGUUAUCCGAUCAAAGUAAAUCUAAACUGAUUUAUGAUUUAUCAGCGGUUUUGAUUCACAAGGGUUCUGCUGUUAACAGUGGCCACUAUGUAGCCCAUAUUAAAGAUCAGGAUACAGGCCUAUGGUGGGAGUUUGAUGACGAAAUUGUCUCAGAUAUGGGUCAACACCCUUUCGGUGGCAAUUCUUCUAAUGUUGCUGCUAAAUCUCUACAGAAUAUUCCUGCUGGACAAUCUUGUUUCUCUGAACCUGAUGGUGUUGUAAAUGGAAACCAUGUGAAUACGUCUGGGUUGCAUGCUUCAUCCCCUGAAACUACUUCAAAUGUACAAACAUUCUCUUCAAGUGAUGCAUAUAUGCUGAUGUAUUGUCUUAGGCAUCAAACUAAUGGUCAUAGAAAAGCACAAUUGGGAUCUGGUGGAGGGAUACUGAAGGAUGGAAAUUCCAUUUCUUUGCAAACUGAUGCUUAUCUUCCAUCUCAUCUUAUGAAGGAAGUCAAUGAGUUGAACAAGUCAUAUCUUGAAUCUUGUCAGCAAUAUAAAACAAAGAAAGAGGCCAAAUUGGCUCUCAUUGCAGAGCGGCGACAGGAGGUUCGAUCAGUUAUUUCUGAAGCCUCUGUUCAAUCAUCUGUGGAGUCAUUUUGGUGGAUAUCAGUAGACUGGCUACGCCAAUGGGCAGACACCAUAACUCCUACCAUAAUCGACAACACUCCAAUUCAAUGUUUGCAUGGGAAAGUACCAGUUUCAAAGAUCAGCUCCAUGAAGCGAUUAUCAGCCAAGGCUUGGAAUACAAUAUCAUCCAAGUAUAAAGGUGGGCCAGAAUUGGGUGAGGAUGAUUGCUGCAUCGUGUGCCUGAAGGAAACAGCCUGUGCUGCAGUAAGUGCUGAUAGCUAUAGAGAUGGACGAACAUCAAUGAGAGAACUUGCAGAGGCAGCACUUGCUGGGAAGUGUCCUGAUGGACCAUUGUACUACGUUUCCAAGGCAUGGUUGAGUCAAUGGGUACGCAGACGAAACAUUGACUCCCCAUGUGAGGCUGAUACUGGACCAACAGCCUCAAUCAGGUGCCCACAUGGAGCUCUUAUGCCUGAGCAAGCUGCUGGCGCCAGGCGUGCCCUAAUACCAGAGAUUUUGUGGGUUUUCAUUUUCAAUUCUGCCAAUGAAGUAAAGCCUGAUGAUACGGUCGGCUGUUCAGUUUUUGCUUCGGACUCUGAAACAUGCUCUCAGUGCUGUAUUGAUCUCUCAGAAGUGACAUGCAUGGAAGAUAACUUGAGGGAUUUCAAGCUUAAACAACGUCAAUCUCAUGAGAAGCUAGCUAUUGGAAAAAGCAUACCACUUUUUCCUCGAAACAAGUACUACUUGUUGCCUACUUCUUGGCUUUCAAAAUGGCGAUGCUACAUCAUGGCAGGUGGCAAGAAUGCAUCUUCUACUGCAGAACCAGACAAUCUGAAUAGUGCCAUUGAAUCACUUAAAUGUGAACAGCACUCAAGGCUUCUUCGAAGACCUCCAGACCUUAUGCGCAAGCGUGGUGCAAUUCUUCAAAAGGCUCCCAGUGUAGAUGAACUGACAAUUAUUACUGAAAAUGACUGGACCUCAUUCUGUAAAGACUGGAAUGGUAUCGAGGAAAAAGGCAUAUCUGCUGAAAUUGAUUCAACUAAUUCUGCUGAAGAUUGUUUACUGGGGACAUUGGAAGAGAUGCCAAUUACAGAGGAGAAUGUAAAUUCUCUGGAUGAUGCAAAUGGUGAGACUGAGUCUCAAGGGCCAAUAAUUAAAACUUAUCCCGAGGUUUGUGAAGAUUGUAUUGGUGAACGAGAAAGCUUUGAACUAGUGAGGAAACUGAACUACUGUAAUGAGGAUAUAUGCAUUUGUUUUGUUCGUGGGAAAGAACCACCAAAAUAUAUUCUAGAAGGAUCUGCGAACAUCUUAGAGCCAAAUCGUCGAAUCUCUAAACGCUCUAGAAGGACAUCUUAUGGGAACUCAGUGAAUUUAAAUGUUUCUGGGUCCACAACUCUCUAUGAACUAAAGAUGAUGAUUUGGCAAUCGUUUGGGAUUGUCAAGGAAAACCAGAUACUUCACAAAGGUUCCAAGAUAGUUGAUGGGGAAACUGCUACUCUUGCUGAUAUGUGUAUAUUCCCAGGAGAUGUUCUAUGGGUGACGGAUUCGGAGAUCCAUGAGAAUCGUGACAUUGCAGAAGAGCUUUCUGAUACAAAGAUGGAGGUACAGCAAUCAGAGGGAGGUUUUCGAGGAACACUUUUGACAUCAAAUAUCCCUCCUACCCAGGUCAUGUCUCAAGGGUGCUUCAACUAAGCAAGAUCUCUUGUAAUGUUUUGUGCCUUUUGGUAUAUUGUAUAUCGGAAGAGAAACCAACGAAUUUUGGUAAAUAGUGUGAGAAGGCUCGCAAGUUAUGUGAAUCUUGAGACACUUGUGGAAGAUCUUCGCCAUGCCCGUUGCCACUUAUGGGCUCGUUUGCUAAAAGUGUGUAAAGUUGUUUCGUUCUUUUGACUUAUGGUUUUUUGGUACCUUAAGAGAGGGAGAGAUGAGUCUCUUAUUUUGUUACAGAAAGAGCUAUAUAUAUAAAAAAUACCUAAUUAGUGGC